UGAACAUUGCGAAUGUUGCUAGGAAAGAUCACGGGAUUAUUUAUUGUGCAACUUUCCUUGAUGGAAGACCUUUGAACACAGGUUUUUUGAACAUGGCUACAAGAAUAACAACCCCCCUUCUUAAAGAUAGCGAAAGGAUUCACUCGACAGAGGAAACUGGCGGGCCUCAGGAAACUAGCACAGACUCUCGAUUUUUAUCUCUAGCAGAUCAGCUAGGCGUGCAACCUGACGCACUGAGCCGGUCAAGUUCUGCAGAGAGAGAAAAGGAAAAUGACUAUGAAAGAGAUAGAAGACGUCACAAAGAUCCUGUCGUCAAUAUAAGCUUUGAACAACUCGAAGAAUUGCUUACAGCUCUGGAUUCCACAAGCGACAUGCUUCGGCAAGUUGGUUUAAACUCAGUUGAGUUAGAGAGUUUAACAAGGCAGCGAAGGUGAGGUUUUUACAGUCAUUUUCUCCAAUCUCUUUUUGUGUUGAUGUUUAUCGCUGAUGUGUAUUGCCAGAUACAAACAUAAGCUCCUUGAUAACCAGCCUGGCAGGACACAAACGAAAGGAACUAAUUGUUUUCACUCAUUCCGGAUGUUUUUGUCCGUGAGGUGUUCUCCUUGAGCAUUGUGGGGUAUCAUUGAUAACGAUGACGAACACGAAAGCGGCCAAUCCCCUGCCAACUAUAAUUUUGCCUAUGGCUCAGAAAGAGCUGUAAUGGGUGGAGGUUGCUGGGAGCUUGGGAGGUACAGACAUAGUUUAUGUUUAUUUUUCCCAGGAUGGUUGCAAUUGGUUUGGCUUCAUUUUCACCCCAGAGGAAAUUUGUGAGCAUAAUGGUUAGUGCGCUAGAUUGAGGUUGAGAGGGCUAUGUUCAAAACACUUUACUUUCACAGUGCCCCUCUCCAACCUGGGCUGGGUUGUUUAAAGCUGGGUUAUGAUAUCCCAGGGUUGGUAUGAAAUCUGAUUUCAGAUAUGAAAGCUUUAAAAGAAAAUUAUCGCUGAUGUGGAUUGCCAGAUACAGACAUAAGCUCCUUGAUAACCAGCCUGGCAGGACACAAACAAAAGGAACUAAUUGUUUUCACUCAUUCUGGAUGUUGUCAGGGAUAUGUGAUGAAUUGGUGGAAAGGGGGAGGGGGGGGGGGAGAUAACCUUGCAAGUAUCCAAAUCCAAGGGGAAGUAGUGAUAUUCCUAGUUGCUUUGUGACAAGGAAACCAAGAUAAGCUCUGGCUGGGCAGGCCAUUAGGCUUGAGUACAGACUUAACCUUUCUUACCUCUCAUUGCCAAUAAUCUAGAGAUAUCAACCUUUUGGAAUAAAAGACGAGAGGUUUUGGUUUCUGCUAAGGCAUUACCACAGGUGCUCAUGGUGUAAACUCAAGGAGGGUUUGGGGCAUACUCCACCUGGAAUAUUUUGAAAAUAUUUAUUGCCAUUUCUUCUCUUUUGAAAUCAUAGUCAAUGAAAAACUGUGUAGGAUUACAGUACCUAUAAUAUUAUAAACCACACAUUAAAAGUUGAGGCCCAUAGUUCCCUUUUGCAUUUUCAACAAUGGUACCUUCUUUCAAGGGAAAUGUAGUAGAAAUCUGCAAAGAACUCGUUCAAUGAGUAAUAAAUAGACAGGAAUACAUAUUUUUUUUUUCACUGUAUUCCUGAGAAUGAUGGUCACAAUGGCUUUGAAAACUAGACAACCUUCUGAAUAAAUGUAAACCUAGCAUUAGACUGUCACUAUCCAGUUCAUUACUGCAUCCUAAAAUUCUUGGUCUUAUGCUAACUUGCCAAAGAAGCAUGACAGGUUUCAAGCCAAAAGAAGGGCUGGAAUCUAUGCCCCUUUCUCAGGUCCAUUGAAAGUUUCAGCAGAUACUGGACUCAAAUGUUUCCAUUUUGAAAUGGAGACACGAACCCCUUAACCCCCAAGAUCUGAUUGAUAAUUCUCCCUUCAGAAGUUGCUACACUUUUCUUUGUAAAUUAGUUGGGAGAAUUUGGUGUUAGACCAGGAACAACUUCUACCUGAUAAGUUUGAGUAUUCUCAUUACCUGUUUGGUUGAUAAUGUAUGAUUGGAUAACAAAGGGAGAAGGACUGUACAAUGUUGAUCACUUCUGGGAGUUAAACUGUCAAUAAAACAUCAGGAAACUAAUCAGAAUGGACUGGUUUUUUUGAGUUUGAAAAGGCGCUGGCUUCUAUUUGACAUGCUUAUGAGUGCAUUUUAUCCUAAACAGGGCUUUAAAUUUUUACAGUCAGCCUUAGUUUGAAAAAUUUCAUUGACCAUUGAUUUUAUUUGCAGAAGUCACAGGAUUCCAACAUGUGUUACUAGACAUCUUUUGCUUGGGACAAUAUUCUGGCAGGUAUAAAUUUAUUAACUCUUUUACUUUUUUUUUUUCACUUACUAUUGCUUUGUAUUUCAAUAUUAUUGGUCCUAACUUGAUCAGGCAUUCUAAUUCAUGUUUGACAAGUCUCAAUAGUUUUCGUUGUGCUCUAGAUUCUGAACAUAGUGGCUGUUGUGAUUACUGAAGCUUUUGCAACUCAGUCUGAAGGUGAUGAAAAAAAAGAGGGCAAAACUGUAUAUAUUGCGGUAAUUUCCAAAUCAUUUUGUAUUUAUUGUAACUUUUGCUGUGAUGUGUACAAUUUAACUCUUCAUCUUUUGUUAUCUGAUUGUUAAUUCUCCCCUUUAGUUGUGACACAAUUAGUCACAAGAAAUUUGUUGUGAAGGCAAAAAAUUUUACCUGAUAAGUCUGGGUAUUCUCAUUACCUGUUUGCUAGGAAUUGUAUAAAUAUUAUAGGGAGAAGUUACAUCUUAAUCAGCUUUGGGAGUUAAAGUGUUCAAUGUGAAUGAUAACAAGACUAGAUGUGAUAAGGCUGUAUGGAAAAUGUGUUGUCUUUGAAUUCUCUUGAUUUAUUUGUUUGGCAAAAACUUGAAGUCAGUUUCUAAAGGUGUUUUAAUGGAGAUCCUAGUUAAACUUUAAAAUUUCUCCAAUUUUGCUUUCCUUUCUUACAGAGUGUAAGUGUAAUUGUGGUUUUUCAAGCUGCAAAUUUGCUCUUGGUUAUCUUAACAACAAGUGAGUAAACAGCAGCUCUUUAUACUUGUAUACUUCUAAAUAACUCUUUAAUCCCCUUAGAGUGACCAGCCUCUAUUUUCUUCUCACAAUGUAACUUUGAAUCACACAUUUAGGUAAUGAGAACCAUGAAAAUAAUUACUGAUUAAAGAAGCUCUUGAUUAUUAACCCUUUACAGCCUAACAUCAGUAUGCAUAUUCUCCAUUACAAAUUUGUUUAUUAAUCAAGAGCUUGUUUAGUUGGUGAUCAUUUGUUCUCUUCUCAUGACCUCAAUGUGUGAAUCAGGGAUGAUAUUGUAAAGAGAAUUUAGAUGCAUGUCACAUUUAGGAGACAAAGGGAUACAAAAAUUCUCCUGGUCAGCCCUUAGGAAAUGUAUAGAGAACAGUAUGGAGAAUAUGCAUAAUGAUGUCAGGGUGUAGAGGGUUAAGCCAUUUCACUAUUGUACAUUACCAUUAUCAUCAUCAUCAUCAGUCUUUUGAGCUCCUUUGGAGGCCUCUUCGGUAUUCUACCAUCUGGACCACAUGAAGUCACACACUGUCUUGUACAAUCCUAAACUAUUUUAUUUUCUCUGUCGCAGUAAAACUCACCAAGCAAAUAAUGCAUCAAACAGUAACAAAAUCAUUCCUUGCGCAGUCAUAUUUAUCAACAACACUCCUCUACGCUGGGCUUUACACACUGGUCUAUAAAAUUGAGGUGAGUGGUACAACAGAGUUAGUUAACCCCUUGACCCCUAGGAGUGACCAGCAUCUAAUUUCUCCUUACAAUAUCACCCCUGAAUCACACAUAAAUGUCACAGGAACAAAGGAAAUGAUCACCUUGUAAAGAAACUCUGGAUUGUUAAACAAAUUCUCCUUGCAUCACCCUAGGAAAAUGUAAAGAGAACAGUUUGGAGAAUAUGCACACCUGAUGCUAGAACAUAAAGGACUUGACUUGAGAACUGAAAAAAAUUGAGAAAAAUAUUAGUGCUGGUUAAAACUAAUGCUAGGGUUCUUUGGUCAUGUCAGGAGUGCUGUUGUAUUAUGCAUUAGCUUCACUUUUGUAUGAUGUAUUCCUGAAAACAGCCAUUCCAUACCCUCUUUCAGUGAUUUUUUCAAAAUGUUUUGCUAUUUAAUUAAUUUCUUUUGUUUGUUUGUUGUCAGUCCAGUUCAUUUCAGCACCUAACAGGUGCUAAAGAUCCAUUGAGUACACCAUUAAUAUUUUUCAAGAUGGCUGUUUUCUCCAUUUCAACUGGAACUCUGUGUGGUGAGCUUUUCAUCUGGCCCUAGUUGUUCAAAGAAGAUUGGAUAACACUAUCCACUGGAUGAAUCUUUAUGCAGUGGACAACGCUAUAUAUAUUUUACAAUCAUGCUUGUGUCCUUUCAUAGAGGGUCUUAAGAAAAAUAUUAAUUAGGGGAUUAUUAGUUUAUCCAAUACCAAAUUCUCCAAACUAACACCACAAAAACUAUAUGGCAGACAGUAAGGAGAAUUACUAGCAACAUCUUGGGAUUUAAGGGUUAAAGCCAUCACCCUGCAUUGAGGCCCUCUUUAUUCUCCAAGGUGGAGAGAUGCCCUGUGAGAGUUAAGUGUUUUGCCGCAAUGAGCAAGCCACCUCUCAAACCCAGACCUCUUGAGCCAGCAUCCAGGGCACUAAAUGAGAAAAACUCUCACUUAACUGGAACCAUACAGAGUACACACUUUAUUAAGCUUUUUUGGAAUCUGUGGGCUUCAUUGCAACACUUUUUGAAAGUUGGGUUUUCAUCUUCCUGAAACAGUCUUACUCAGUGGCCAGGAAAUUGAGCCUGGGAAGGAAUUAGGAAAAGAUUUUUCUCCAUUUCCACUAGUUAACUUUCCAUCACUGGUAUCAUUGCUACUUAAGCUAUAAGAGGAACUGGGCUGCUUUCUUAUUUUUUUUAGCAUACAUAUCAGUGGCCAGUAUGCUAAUCAGCCAUUGGUUAGUAAUAGUAUUUAAAAGGAUAUCUUAAUGGAAGAGAGCAUCCACCUCCCUUUACCUUCAAGGGGGUGAGGGAGAGAGAGGGCCAUUCCCUUGUCCAUAUGGUUAAUCACUGAAGACCAUCCACUCUUGUCUAGCCUUAGGAGGGAGGGGGCCAGUAUAUACAGGCCACCUCCCUUUUCUAUGUGGUAGUUGAUGGAAGACAUAAUUUUUCAGUUCUGAGCACAAAAGUUUGGGAAAUUAUCCCAUUUCCUCCAGCCUCAGGGGGUGGGGUGGGGAACACUUUACAAAGGCUAUGUGUACCUCCCUUUUCCAUGUGGUAGGUCGCUUAAAUGCAUUUCUUAAAUGACUUUUUUUCGAUGACUUGUUUUGCAGGUACUUCAUCCAUCAUCCCUGACAUGUGGCUAGCACAGCUUAUUGCUUCAACCCAGGUAUCUUUAGUUAGUAACAAAGCCAUAGAAAUUUUACAUUACAGUGACUUCACUGUAUAUUCAUCAGCUAUUAAUUUUGUGCACUUAUUUUGAUUUCUCUCACAGAUGUUGAUGAGUUAUGUUUAUUUUGCAUCUGUGCUCUACAUGGCUGUACAUCCACCUAAAAAUGAUUUAAAAUGGAGGGUAAUCACCAGAAGCAAUCACCAUAGAAGCCUUCAUCAUGUGAGAACUGUAUGAAAUGUAUGCUGAUAUGUGCAAGGGAUGCUGAUGGAUGCUGAUGUAUGCUGAUGUAUUCUCUGCAGAGACAGAGAGUCCUGUGUGGAAGCUCAGGAAUAUGUACUUCUCAGAGCUAUGAACAGGGAAAAUAAACAUUAAAAAUUUUAGUCUCAUUUAGACUAAAUUAAUCUCCUUUAGGACCAGUCCCUGCUUUUUGACAAAGCCUGUUUCAUGGAUGAAAAAAACUGCAAAAAUUUUCAAGGAGAUAUAGCAGCUAGAGCGGAGGAUUAGUAAUCAAAUCUUGGGAGUUGAAGGGUAAUUAUAACCCUGACAGAAGAAUUGUUUGAAUUUACAAAAGGAUCUGUAUAUAAAGACGUAAAAUAAAUAAGGAACAGACUCAGUCAUACUUGUAAUAGAUUUUAAGGAGAAUCUUAGAAGGAAGGAUUUUUCAAUAAGGAGGCAAAUAUUUUUCAAGGAGAAAGGCAUCCAAACGUGUAUGAGAAUAAUGUAGGUUUGAUACCUUAAGAGUACUUUUGCUUGUUGUUUUUUUUAAUAAAUGAAAGCAUUAUUUUUCAAUAGACCUCAAAUUUAGUCAUGGAUAUUGAAGGAAAUAUAUUUUAAUACUAAGAAUAUCUCAAAUUCUAUCUAAAUCUUUUUCAUAACUUAAUUAUACUGCACUGUUUUUUUUUGUUUGCGUUUUUUUUCAAACUGUGGAGGAGAAAAUUAUUGA